GGUAAAAACAAGAGCAAAUGUAAAUGACCACACUGCAGGGCGACAUCGCUGACGAUGACGAACGCGUAUGUACAGGUACUGACGCUGCUGGUUAGUUGGUGCGCAUGCGCCGCCCAGCAGUUUGGCGGGGACCCGUCCGUGUGUCAGCCCUGCACACCCCCAUGUGUAACACUUCCCGGCAUUCCGCAGUCCUUCGAGGCAAAGAUCGAGGUGAACAAUCAGAAUGGAAACGAGACGUAUGACGUAGAGGAACACUUCGACGGGCUAAACAACAGAGCGGUUGUUUACAUGACGCGGCAAGGGCGAACAGGGAAACAGAUAUUAAACUUCAAUGGCGGAGAAGUGUACAACAUUUUAGGUACACAGUGUGUUGCAGAACCUAUAGAUGCCGGGGAGGAUCUUUUUGGGUACAUCCCAGCACCUAAUGGCACCCACAUCUUCUCCUCCGUUGUAACGUUCGGUUUGGCCAGUAGACUUGGUGUGAGUGAUGUUGGGCGGACCACUGUUCGGGGGAUUCCGGUCGUUAGCUACAGAGCCUGUAUAUACUGGCCACAGUGGGACACCACGUUCAGUGCUGAUUACUAUUUCUCCGCACCCGAGUUCCAAACUGCUAGCGGCGAUCCCGUCAUCCCGGUGCGUGUGACAGUUGGAGGGAAGGGGCGGGCGCCGAACACGAACUCCGGCGGGCCCAGAAGAGAGUUUUUCCGCACGUACGAGUACAUGUACUUCCGCUCGUCACUUCGCGCAGACUCGUCUGUAUUCGAGACUCCCCGAGGGGUUGAAUGUCACAAUCGCCAGUCGCAGGAAACGUUCCCCAGCAUUCCUCAGCACAUGCAUUACGUGGAGGAACAGAUCCUGCCGCAGACAAAGAUGGUGAACGGGUUAGAGGCGUGGUAUAACUACGACCAGCAGCUUCUCCGGCUCGACUACCUGGCACCGUCCGACACUUUCGUGCCCCUGGAGGGACGUUUUGGCGUCCCCAAGCGUGUCAUCCACGACUUCAGCACAGGCUUGGAGUAUGAGACGGACCUGAGGACCGGAGCCUGUUCCGUACGGCGGAUAGUGGAUAGUGUGCUUCAGCUGAAUGACAACAACAACGGCAUCAUGCUCACUCCCGCCCAGACAGAACAUCUCGACACGGUACAGAAAUACUACAUGGGAAAGCAUACGAUUCGCAAUAUUCCUGCUGAUGGUUGGAUCUAUCGGAGACAGGUCAACAUUAGCAGUGAACUGGUGUGGCUGGAGCAGCAGCUAUAUUUCAGCAGUUCAGAAUGGGUGGACCAUAAUGGAUUGGCUGACAAUACCAGAGUACCGCUUCAGGGAGAGUCAAAGCUUAUAACGCUCCCAGUUUCCACCAACUACACCGGACCACGGGAAAGUGUCAUCAAGGUGCACAACUUCGACAUGGAUCAAGACUUCGCAGUUUCAAAUUGCUACUUUGCAAAUCAAAAGCAAGUCAUUAGAUUUCAAUUUCCAGUGACUGUGUCGUCGCUACUGAAGCUGUAUGGUUGGAAGUUGAUACUUCAGACCAAGAUCCAGGUGUGCCGGGCUGUAGGGAUAUCUUUCCUUCGCUGUGAAGAUGUCAUGGACGUACAGAUCACUGCCAUCCCAGGAUCCUUACAACACAACGUUUACACACCGCCCAGCAAUAUUGUCUGCCGUCCAAACAAAGCCAAACGUGAUGCCAGCACGACAGGGUGUAACGGAGAACUCCUCGGUACUGUCCAGGGUCACAGCUCAGGCACGUUGGCCGGAGUAGCCGUAGCGUUGUUGGUGGCGGGAGUGCUGCUGGGGCUGACCGUGCAGUAUGCCAUCGUGCGCCGGGGGAUGAAGUCUGCGGAGGCAGCCGGCCUCACCAGCAGGAUGGAAAUGCCAGAUAUAACCAGUCUACCUGCAGCAAUUCCAGACUAGAAUGGACAAAUUUCAACAUACAGUUGUAGAAAGUCUAUGGUCGAUAGAAUCAGAACAACUUGAUGGCCGGCCGGCCAUUAUGACCUGGGAGAAAGGGUGGGUAUCGGUACAAAACCUGAUUUUCAUAUUGGGCCGGUCCAGAAAAACCGGACCUGAAAAAAUUCAGUAGACCGGAUGGACAUACUGGAAAAUGAACAGAUUAUAUGAUCAGGCAUCAACACGUUUUAGGGCUUAUCUGUCGAAGAAAAUAACAAGAGUGAAGUAUAGUAGAAUCUGUAGUCAUUUCUACCGAUUUUUAGUCAAUCGUACAGGGGCAGUAAGCCUUGUAAGGUUUCAAAACGCCAGUGGUAGUGAAAUAGUCCACAAAACAGACUUCUUUGUAGCGAAAUGGACAAUUGUUUUGAGUAUCGCCAAUUCACAACUGUUCAUAAACUGAAUCAGGUCCAGGUUCAGGUCCGGACCUGAUCCUCUGGACCUAAACCUGAAUUUUCUGUACCGGUACCCACCCCUACCUGAGAGGAUUUUCCCACUUCACCUUGAGAAUUGUUUGCAGGUGACCUUACAUGACCUGAUGUAGAACCAAUUGUCUACAAUGGACCGACUUCACAUGGAGUCUCUAUACAAUGUCGUUAUCUGUAUGAUCCUUAUUACCUAACGCCCUACACCAUGCAGAAAAGGGUUAUACCAGGAAUUUGUAUUAAUAACUUGUCCUUUGAACACUUGUUUUAAACAUAACAGAUAAUCUUGGACUGCCGAAACAACAACAAGAAAAUCAAUCCAAUGUUUUUCUAGGAAUUUGACUCCUUCUAUGAUAUAAAGCCAUUCACAGACUUGUCACUGAGAGCCUGAGAAUCUCUUCAGAAAUGUACAUUAUGUUGAGACUUGUGCCUUCUGGAAUCUGACAACUGCAGCUGAAUCCAGGUUCUUUACCUGGCAUAAUAAAUUCAUUCCAAAUUCUGUCAUCAUAAUUCUAU